AACACAAAUUGAAACAAACAAACUUUCACUCCAGCUUAAUUUCAUUUUUCCACUAUCUGCUUAAACCCUAGGAGCUGCGCGGCUUGUCAUCAUCUUCCUCCUCCUCCUCUGUAAUCAAAAAGUUUCUCAAUCUUUGCUGCUUCAAUGAGAACACUAAUCUCUCCAUCUCUUCCUCCCCUCUUCUCUCUCCACCUCCCUAGACCUUCCCUCUUCUCUAGAGCUCUUCGCGCCUCCCGCUACCCUCUCACAGCUUCCGCCUUCUCGCUCAACAGACUCCCCACUAAUCCGCAUCACUCGUCAGCUUCACGCCGCGAAUUACAGACGGAGGCGGCGUCUAAGCCCUCCUCUGCUCCUCCCGGGGAGAUACACGUCGUCGUCGGUCCAAUGUUCUCCGGGAAAACCACAACGCUUCUCCGCCGAAUCCUCUCGGAGAGGGAGAGCGGGAAGAAGGUAGCCGUCAUCAAAUCGGAUAAAGACGAUAGGUACUGUGCCGAAUCGAUCGUUACUCACGACGGAGAGAAGUUCCCUUGCUGGGCUCUUCCCGAUCUAUCCUCUUUCAAGGAGAGAUUCGGUUUCGAUGCGUAUAGGAAUCAGUUAGACGUGAUUGGGAUCGACGAGGCUCAGUUCUUCGGAGACCUCUACGAGUUUUGCCGCGAGGCGGCUGAUAAGGAGGGUAAAACGGUAAUUGUAGCGGGAUUGGACGGCGAUUAUCUGAGGAGGAGGUUCGGUUCGGUGCUGGAUUUGGUUCCGAUUGCGGAUACGGUUACGAAGCUGGCGUCGAGGUGUGAGGUUUGCGGGAAGAGAGCUUCGUUUACGCUGAGGAAGACGGAGGAGAGGGAGACAGAGUUGAUCGGUGGAGCGGAGGUGUAUAUGCCUGUGUGUCGGAGUCAUUAUGUUAGCGGUCAAGGCGUUUUGGAGACCGCUCGCGCCGUUUUGGAUGCUUCUUCCCAACGAAACGCGACGCGCGAUUUAGAAGCAACGAGUCUCUCCCCUCCGUUUUAAUCCGCGUUUUGCGCUGUGUAGUUGAUUCAAAAGCCUUCCAGAUAGCGUUAGAGGGUUUAGAAAAGAAUCAAAUUUUUAGCUGCCUUGAAAAUGUGAUGUUACCACUUAUUAGCUUUUAAUCAGUGAUUUUAAUUAUAGAACUUUGUUCCUACAGA